UCCACCACAACAUUCAACCGAACAUGCAAAAAAGAUGGGAGAAACACACCGCCAUUCAAUUGCAUCCACAUCGUCCAAACUGGGGAUGAGAGGCGGCGGUGAAAUUGUGGAGGUCCAAGGAGGCCACAUUGUCCGCUCCACCGGCCGUAAGGACCGCCACAGCAAGGUUUGCACCGCCAAAGGUCCAAGGGACCGCCGUGUGCGCCUCUCCGCACACACCGCCAUUCAAUUCUACGACGUGCAAGACCGCCUUGGCUACGACCGCCCCAGCAAGGCCGUCGACUGGCUCAUUAAAAAGGCCAAAGCCGCCAUCGAUGAAUUGGCGGAGCUGCCAGCAUGGAACCCCGCCAUCACAUGCUCUUCUGCAUUGCAACAUCAACAAAUAAAUGAAAUCGUUCACCAGAAAUCCCCGAACGAUUCAAUGAUAGCUCCUACUGGAACUAUCGUUGCCGAAAGAAUUGUGCAUCAAUUUCCUCCGCCACAAUUGGGUGAAAAUGAUGGCAAUAACAACAACAGUAACAAAUACAACAGUGCUUCUGGUUUUCUGCCAGCGUCUUUGGACAGUGACAACAUUGCCGAGACAAUUAAGUCUUUCUUUCCUAUGGAGGCCACCACCACCUCGUUUCAGAAUUACCCGCCGCCGCCGGAUUUGCUGUCGCGAACAGCCAGCGGUGGCGGCGCCACCCAGCAGGAUCUGCGGCUCUCUUUGCAGUCCUUUCAGGACCCUGUUCUGCUUCACCAGCAGGCUCAGACCCACCACGAGCCCGUGCUAUUCUCCGGAACCGCCGCGGCGCUCGGCUUCGACGGCGGUUCCGGGUGGUCAGAGCAGCAGCAUCAACAUCACUCGGAUGAACACCGCUUGCACAGAUCAAUGAAUUGGAAUACUAAUGCUGCAGAUGCUGCUAACAGUGGCCAUGGCGGUGGGUUUGUGUUCAACUCGCCGGCGCCGGCGUUUGGCCAUGGCCAGUUUCUUUCUCAGAGGGGACCCCUUCAGUCCAGUAACACUCCUUCGGUUCGUGCUUGGAUAGACCCUUCAAUGGCGACGGCCGCGGCCGUCGCUGAUCACCACCACCACCAUCACCACCAAAACUAUCUCUCGUCGUUGAUCCACCAGGCUUCCGUCUCCGGCGGUCUCGGAUUCUCCGGCACCGGUGGCUUCUCCGGCUUCCAUAUCCCAGCACGAAUUCAGGGUGAAGAGGAACACGGCGGCGUAUCUGACAAGCCGUCCUCUGCUUCCUCUGAUUCUCGCCAUUGAUGCAAAACACACGUCAAAAACCCUAACUUUCCUUCUCCUUCAGGGUUGGUGGGUUGACUUGAAGAUGAUUAAUGGAGAAUUUGCUUUCGAAAGAUUUUAGGAUGGAUGAGAUUUCAGAUUACAAAGGGAAUUCAAAAUCAACUUGGUUGAAGAGUUGUUGGGUUUGGAUUUCAGAUGUGUUGAUUUCAAUGGCCUAUAUAUGCCGUGGGAAUGAAGAAAAUCUGAGGUGAAUGUUCAGGUUUUCCAAUCCCCCGGUUUGUUCUGCUAUUUAUCUGUUAAUUCAUGUUUUCUAAUGCUUUCAUUAGUGUUUUAAGUACUAUGUUAGUUUGUUUUGUUUCAUCUGUAUUGGAUUGCUAUGUUUUUCCUUUGUGGUGGUUGUGUCUUCUUUAUACUUUCAUUUCUAGUUUCUUGUAGUGGACUGAAAAAAAACGUGCACACUGAAUAAAAGAGCUAGUAUGCUCAAUAUUUUGUAUAUUUCCAAGUCAGUGCAGACCCAGAUGCAGAUAAGGGAUUUUCUCCAUGACAAAACAGCGCAAACCCAAAUUAGCCGACAUAGGAAUUUUGUGUCUUUUUGGUGAGGGUAUCGAACUUGUGAAUGAUCUUGGCUAGGUAUGGAUGUUGCUGUCUUGUUUCGAAUGAAAGAAAAAAGAGAGUGCUUUUAAUUGAUCCCUAUAUUUCAAGGAGGUGAAAGAGGGGUUCUCUUUGCAUAAGAAUGAUUGUUGUUUUGUUCCCUUUUUACUACUUUCUACUGCAACCACCAUCCACUCGUCACUAGUCGCUAGCUUCCUCAUCCUGCAAAAACAAUUGGAAGGAAAUGCGCAGCUUCAUUACACCUAUCUCUUUCAUGCUUGGAUUUUGGGAGCAUUUGAUUGAGAAGUCACUGUCCAUGAACAGUAGAAAACAGUUGACACAAAGAAAAGGGGUUGCGUGAGAGUUGAUUCCGAGCUUGGUAAAAGGGCAAUAUCCUAAAUACAGCGUGGUUUAUUGCUUUUCCUUUCGCAUGUCAUGUUUUGUAGUUCUUCGGCUAGUUUAGUAUGCUAUGAUAGCGACUGAAAGCUUGAUUAGGAAUAAAAAAGUUAACUUGAUAAAGGAAAAAACCCCCCCAAGUCAUCUUUGGUGACCCACUCACCAACCUACUUAGUUAAUGCAAAGAGUUCAGUUUCCACCAUAUAACUUCCAACCGCACGUUACCUUAUGGAACAAAAAUUUCAGGUGAUUUUUUGUUUGUUUUCAGCCUUGUAACAGUAACAUGAGGUACUUUGUUUUGAGAGAAGGGGGGGGGGGUAUCUUGGUUUUUGGGUGGAUAAAACUUAAUAGUUAUGAACAAGUGGGAAAAGUAGAAUGCAUCUGCAGGGGGAGCCAUGAAAAGGGAAGAGGAUGGAUGAGCACAACGAAGCUCAAUUAUGAGAGAGUGUUCACACUCAUGGAUGCCACCAAAGUGUGAUAUCUGUACACCUGUCUGUGGUCCCCUACCUUGGUAUCUCAGAACCUCAUAAAGAUCUUCUGCAAUGUUCAAUUGGGAAUGCUCUAAUUCAACCGGAUAAUGAAAAAGAUAAAAAGAUGAAAGAUACAAACAACCUUGGCUUCUGUUGAGAUGGUGGCAAUUAUUUUUCUGUCGUUGGUGCUGCUGCUAGUCGGUUGAUAAUUAAGAUUUCGUCAAAAAUCAACUCAUCAUACAU